AAUUUAUUUUAUUUUAUUUGUUAAUUAAUAGCUUUUCGGAUUGUUUAUAUCCGAAUGUAUCCGAGUAGCCCUCACCCCUAUUUCGUAACAUGGGCAUAGCCUAUCCAAUCAUCACCCCACCCUAAUAUACCCUACACACAAACCUGUUGCAUGACCAGUUGUGCAAAUUGCAGGACUCGCUGUUUGAAAGGCAUUUCACCCUCGGGCCAAGUAAUUCUGUUUGCAUGGUUGAAGUUUUGUACUUGUCUCAGUUAACUUUCGUAGAAUCUUUUUCGCAAUAAGGUUAUUGACUACUGUUGCCAGUGGUUAGACAAAUCUUCCAACUUUUCCCAUGUAUUUUCAAGAAUUAACAAUAAAUACAAUGCACUGAACACGUGAAAACCGCGCCUUUUUUAAUGUAUAUUUUUAAAGUAUAAUUAUAUCUUACGCUUGAAAAUUCUUACGUAAUUUUAAAGCUAAAAUUACAAAUGGAUGCUUUUAGAAAAAAAAAACUACAACUCUAGAUGAGUCAUAAAGGGGGAAUUAUUAAGAUUAUUUUUAGUCGAGUUCUCACAGUUUUUCUAGUAGCACUAACCGAAACCUCUUACAGCAAACAAAAGUCCCGUAAUAAUUUCCUUUGUUGGUGUUCUACUGGUUUCUAGGACAGUGUCCUAGAAAGCCAGAUCUUAAUCCUAUGUCGGUUACGUUUGAAAUACUGUUGUACCCACAUGUGACAUAAUUAAGCAGGUAAAAGUAUCUGACCAAGCAGCAGCCAUUAGUCCAGACAUAACCAGAUGGCUUAGGAGUAUUUCAAAACCUAUUCAAACUUCUCUCGCUUCUAAAGCUAAAAAACGAACUAUAAAAACCUAAAAACAUGACUAUCUGGGGUAAGGAAGAUAUGAGUCCUCCCAGUAGCGGUAUAAAUGGAUGUUAUGGAGUGGAUAGUUUUGAAGCAAAGAAGAAAAAAGGUCCAACACCGAGGCAGCAAGAAGAAUUAUGUUUAGUUUGUGGGGACAGAGCAUCGGGGUAUCAUUACAAUGCUUUGACGUGCGAAGGAUGUAAAGGUUUCUUCCGAAGGAGUAUAACCAAAAAUGCCGUAUAUCAAUGCAAAUAUGGGAAUAAUUGCGAGAUCGAUAUGUACAUGCGUAGAAAGUGCCAAGAAUGUAGGCUCAAAAAGUGUCUCAGUGUCGGAAUGCGGCCAGAAUGUGUUGUACCAGAAUAUCAAUGUGCCAUCAAAAGAGAAUCAAAAAGGGUUCAAAAGGAAAAGGACAGACCCAACAGUACAACUAAGGACAGUCCUUGUAUUGAAAUCAAGGAGGAGAAACCAUCAGAUUUAAAUCCUCUGAGAUCAGAUCAAGAAGAAGUUAUCCAAAAACUAGUCUUCUUUCAAGAGGAAUUUGAAUCACCAUCUGAAGAUGACUUCAGAAAAAUCACAGCAUUUCCUCUGGGAGAUACGGAAGAAGACAGCCUAAAAAGGUUUCAGCACAUAACAGAAAUAACCAUUCUCACAGUCCAACUUAUUGUCGAAUUUUCAAAACGAGUGCCAGGAUUUGAUACCCUUUUAAGGGAAGAUCAAAUCACGUUGUUAAAGGCAUGUUCCAGUGAAGUCAUGAUGUUAAGAACAGCAAGAAAAUAUGACAUUAAAACAGAUUCCAUUGUUUUUGCCAAUAACCAGCCAUAUACCAGAGAGAAUUAUCGAAGUGCCAGUAUGGGAGAAUCUGCAGAUGCCAUCUUCCAUUUCUGUAGGAAAAUGUGUCUCAUGAAAGUUGACAAUGCGGAAUAUGCACUGUUGACGGCUAUUGUUAUUUUUUCCGAGAGACCAUGUCUCAUGGAACCGUCUAAAGUGGAAGGUAUACAAGAAUUCUAUAUUGAUACUCUUAGGGCUUAUGUUGACAAUCAUAGGCUCCCCGGAAAAAAUUAUUUUGCACGUCUCCUUUCCAUCUUGACAGAACUACGUACCCUUGGUAAUAUGAACUCUGAACUAUGCUUUUCGUUAAAAGUUCAAAACAAGAAAUUACCACCUUUCUUGGCAGAAAUUUGGGACAUUCAAGGAUAAGAAAAAGCUAUGUAACAAAUAGUAUCAUUCCAUCGACUUUCUUGUCUCCAGCUCUCAUCCUCAUUCCGUCGUCAGUCAUCAGCGCCACCGCAAUUGCUGUAACCAAAGUGUACACGACAUCUGCAUAACAGUGUUAAUGUCAAAUUCUCCAAGUUUUACAUUUUGGUGCUGCAGUAUUUGUGUUAUAAGAUGGUUGACAGUACAACUGUCAAAAUAUGCAAAAGGGUGCCAUCACAGUCUUUGCACAUUUGGCUCAUGGCCGAUCCUUCAGGUGUCUCUUGCUCCAAUGGUUGUGAUGUCUUCAUUCUCACAUAUUGUUCUGGGAGUGUCACUUAAUAUUAACCUUUCCAUCAAGUUUAGACAGGUUGCAUGUGGUAGGCAACGCACAAGAUUAUUAUAAACUGUACCUGUGAUGGCACCUGACAGCGAUCGGCCAAUGGCGGCGAUAUCACCAUUUAAUGGAUUACCGCCAACGAUCUGAAAGAAAUAUUCUCCCGCCCUUUCGAGGAAGAGGAGGAAGAACAUUUGAAAACGAAUGGUGCUUGUCAUCCCACAAAGUGAAAAUAAUAUUGGUCUGUGUUACGGAAUCACCAAUCAAAAAAGACUUUGGCAAUUUGCCCACUUAUCAUACGAAUGCGAUUAUUACGAGAGUAAUCGGAACGCUGUGGAUAGUACAUAUUUAGACUGUGUCCAAACACCGGAAAGAAAAAUGGAUCUGCAUGUGCAGAAAAUGUGCAGCUUAAAAAAUUGCUCUAUAACUAUUGCUAAUUGAACCCAAGGGUCUUGGGAUGGGAAACAAUGUUAUUUCUGAUUUAUUAUAAAGGUGUGCGUGUCUUUCUUUAAAGUCAUGUGAUAUGUUUGUAUAUGGUACCUCAGUAUCACAUGUGUUUUUUUUUUUCUUUUGUUACAUGCUUCUGAAGUUUAUACACAAAUGGGUCCUUCAUUUUUUGUCUUAUAGGGAAAGAGAAAGUAUAUUUUAGCUCUGUGAGCAGUCUCGUGUAUUCAUCCAGCCAACUUCCCAGGAAGCAUUGUUUCGUUAAAAAGUUGUUGAUCUGUGUAUGUUUUAAUUUGUUGAACAUGAAAUUGGGAGAAAAAUGUGGUAUGCCCCUGUUGGGUUGAUCAUUAUAUUUGAAAUGAAACACACAAACAUGGAACAUUUAAACACAUACAUACACAUAACACACAUACACAUACAAUACGACAUAUAUAUAUAUAUAUAUAUAUAUUAUAUAUAAAUAUAUAUUACUGGGGAUGAAAUUUCUAGAGAUUUAUACAUAAACCUCAGAUUUAGAUGUAGCAGUAGUUUAGUAGUCUGGAGUAUUUGAUUUAAAGGAAAAACCCACUAGCCUAUAUCCCAUAAAAUUGUAAACACAAUGUCUUUAGUGUCAUGUGGUCACUGUUGUUUCUUCCUUCUGUUGUACUAAAGUUUAUUGCAAAAUAUGGAUGGGCUCUGCAAUUACCAACAAAAAAAAAAAAUUCAAAAGAUACAAAAUAGAUUAAAAUUCCACUGGCCAAAGUCUCGUUCGGAAACCACACGUUAGAAAAUCCUCCCUCGACACAUCAAUUAAUCUAUUCUAUCUCUAUAUAUCUAUCUUCAAGAUCAUGCCGCAUUUAAACUUCAAGAUCGUAUUUUAUAUCUUAUUCUAUAGCUGAGGUAUCGUAUAAUUUUCUCUUCUCAAGAAUUAAAAAAAGUAUGUAUUAUAUAUAUAAGAGGGAUACAUUAUCACAAUCGAGCACAAAUCCAGUUAUUAAAAAUUUUUUAAUUUUAUGAUGUGAUAAAAAGAAGAUUAAAAAAAAAAGCUUAUUUUCCAAAUGGAGAAAUCAAAUUGUAAAGUACUCAUUUUUGUGGUUCUUUCAUAGAAAUUUAUGUAAUAGAAUUAUAGAGAGAAUAUUAAUCACAGUACUCAUAUGUUAUCUGUGCUGAAGAUCAACCAUAUACUAUUGUUCCAAUUACUCGUACUUGUUACAAAAAAUAUUGUUGAAUAUUACCGUUAUAUAAAGCAUUAUAUUACUUCUGGUCUUUUAUUUCCUCUGCAGCGACAAUAUUGGGGUUCUCUCUCCUUCCUACGGCAUGACCGGGUAUCUAUGAUAGAAUAUCACUUGCAAAGUACCUGCUACAAAUUCAUCUUCUGUAGAUACCAUCAUGUUCUGUGUGUGUAUAUCGAGAUAUAUAUAUAUGCCAACCAUUAUCAUCACAUGGACUUAUUUUUUGUUUUAUUUUUGUUUUAUUAUUAUUUUUUUGUUUCAUUUCUCAGACCAGCCGCUAGAAAUUUUCACGGUGAGCUUUGCUAUAACUGAUCUUUCGUUGUAAAAAAUAAUAAAUGGCAGGGUUUAGCUGUCUCAGGCAAAGUGAGUGUAUAAGUUGUGUAUUUAUUCUGAUGACGGAUAAUAAAUUGUGAUAAAAGAUAAUCUUUGGGUACAAAAAGAAAAACGACUAUAAUUAAAAAAAAAAAAAAAAAAAGACAAAUGCCUUAAAAUUCGAGAAUGUUUCGGGUAACAGGUUGUCGUUGUAAUAUAUGUGUACCUUUUAGAGUUAGUACUAACAAUAUAGUGUACAAUGGAAAAGUGUGAGUGAAAGGUAUAUAAAAAUGUAUGUUUACGAGGCUUCCCUCCUCCGCAAAUAGAGGAAUUAUUGAAUUAUAGGUGAAGGAUAAAUAUUAUAUAUAUAUAUAUAAAUAUAUAUAAAUAUAUUAUUAUUUUAAUUGCUGUUUACUGUUUAAUAAGGUAGAACUUUUGUAAUUACUGUUUGUUUACUGAAAUAAUUACCUAUUGUUAUUAUUUUUCUCUUCUCAGCUGUGCUAGAAGAGAGUUGAAGUGCAUAUUGUGAAUUAAAGAGUGCAAUUAAAUAUUUAAACGUGUGUAAUAAAAGUUAUGUUUGAUGAUGUAGCAAAGAUUGCUAAAUGAUUUGUCUCAAUCAAAGUUAUUGCAGAAAUUGCAGUCAAUUUGUUAGAAAUUGUGGGAAGUUAGCCACACUAUCCAUGAUAUAUAUGUACGCAUUUCUGAUUCGUAAAAUCUAAACAAACAUUUUUGUAUAUAACCGGUUAAAAUGAAUAAUUUAGAUCCAAAACACAAAGUACGAGUCGAUUGCUCAAAAUUUAUUACGGUGAAAGAGGGAGAAUUGGGACUGACUUUUUUAGAAAUUAGUCUGGCACACUUCCCACAUGCUUCUUUGUAUGGGUUUAACUGUACUUAAAAUUGUCGCCGUGCUUGCUGUCGGUUAAGGUGAUAAGAUUUGCAAACAGUGGCAUAACUAGUACGAGUGAAACAGUGGACAAUGGGCAAUAUUAAAAUUAUAGUUACUAAAUGUACAGUUGUGGUUUUGGCAACUGGCGAGUGCCUUUGUAUAAUUGUUUUAUUACGUGUGCAGCUCGAGUGGCGCUCGCUCAGUUUCCAACGACUGGCGCAUCUGCUCGAGUCUGUGCGUUAAGCUAGAGAUUUUAUCACUUUGCACAUUUUCCACACUUGUAAAUAAUAAUAAUAAUAAUAAAAAGAUAAUCUUUAAUUAGAAUUGGAGGAGGGAAGCCACCAUUGAUAAUCCUUAUCUGUAAUCCAGAAGUGAACAUAGUUCUGUGUGAUCAGUUUCUCAUCGUUAUUACUGUAAAAAUAAUCAUUCAUUUUAUCGAGAAAACAUUUUGACUCUGGUGAGAAACUAUUCAUUUCAAGAAUAUGUCCAUUUUUGGAAAUGAGUUUUGUUCACAGUUCACACUUGUUGCUACAUAUGUUUCCUCCCAUUUUUUUUUUGUUUUUCAAUUAAAUAGAAAUAAAACACAUCAAGUAUGAGAUUAUACGAACCCAAAUGUACGUGCACAUAAACAGAUAUGGGUUCUAAUUAAACUUACCGCAAUCGGCGGUAAAGAUCUUUAAAAAUAAAUAGCCUGGGAUAGAGGCACCCACCUAUGGAGAAAGAUCUUUGGACAGGUGUACUGUUGUACAGAUAUUGACUGUAUCUUUUUGCGAUGUUCUAUAUUUUUCAAAUUAAAACUGGCCAGAUUUACUAACUGGA